AUGAGCAAGCAGAGAAAGACUCAAUCUGGCGGCCAGAGCUUCUUACCUAGAGGUUUAGCAGCAGAAGGUGGCAUAUUGGGAAACAGACAACAAGCCGAACCAAAAAUAGCAGACAAAAUGGAAGCGACUGCCGAAUCACUCCCUCAUGCCAAUGGAACAAAUGGAUUGACUAGCAGAGACUAUUACUUUGACUCGUAUGCACACUUUGGAAUCCAUGAAGAAAUGCUAAAAGAUGAAGUCCGAACAUGCGCCUAUCGCAACGCCAUGUAUCAAAACACACACUUGUUCAAGGACAAGGUUGUUUUGGAUGUGGGUUGUGGAACAGCCAUCCUAUGCAUGUUUGCCGCCAAAUCAGGAGCCAAACUAGUCAUUGGUGUCGACAUGGCCGAUAUAGUAGAUCAAGCUCGUCUCAUCGUAGCAGACAAUAACUUGUCAGACAAGAUUGUCCUCAUCAAGGGUAAAAUGGAAGAAGUCGUGCUUCCCGUCCCCAAAGUAGACAUUAUCAUCUCCGAAUGGAUGGGAUACUGUCUCUUGUAUGAAUCCAUGUUAAAUACCGUAUUAUAUGCCCGUGAUCGCUACUUGGCUCCCAAUGGUCUCAUCUUCCCUGAUCAAGCCACCAUGUAUAUCUCUGCUAUUGAAGAUGGUGAAUACAAGGAAGAAAAGAUUGGAUUCUGGGAUAAUGUAUAUGGAUUCUCUAUGGCUCGUAUCAAGGAAUUGGCUUUGCGAGAACCCUUGGUGGAUACUGUUGAUCCCAAGGCUGUAGUCACUGCACCGUCAGCAUUUAAACAGAUUGAUUUAUAUACAGUUACGCUGGAAGAACUUGCUUUUGAGUCUCCCUUCUCUUUGAGGGCCCUCAGGGAUGACUAUGUCCAUGCAUUUGUAGUAUACUUUGAUAUUCGCUUUGGAGCCUGUCACAAACCUCUCCGUUUCUCUACUGGACCUCAUGCACCAUACACUCAUUGGAAGCAAACCGUGUUUUAUACUCCAGAUUAUAUGACCGUCAAACAGAAUGAAACCAUCACAGGCACUUUCAGGACAAUGGAUACUACUGACGAUUCGUUGCUUUCGUCCAUAAUCAAAGAAGAGGAUGGAGUGUUGAAACUUUCCGAUCAAUUCCUGUAUGGAGAGUAUGGAAAUGCUAUGAACAACAUGAACAUGAAUGUCCGAGGAGAUACUGAAGAAGCAGAUGUACCGUUCCUGUUUCAAGUGCCAAGCUCGCCGUCUGAAAUGAGUGAACUUACAACAUCAACACCACCACCCUUCAUGCAAAACAUGUUGACGCCACCCAACGAUACUUUACUAUCUGAUUUCAACGAAAUACCUCACGUUGAACUACCUCAGCCAAAGAAACGAGGGCCUCGACCUGGUGGUAAACGUAAGAAACUAUCGUCUGAAGAAAAGGAAACCAAAGCGCAAGUCAGGAUGCUGAGGAACCGAACUGCUGCUCAAGAGUCUCGCGAUAAACGUAAACAGUAUUUGGAGGGACUUGAAGAUGAGAAUCGCAAACUACGACAGCAGAAUGCUGACUUGGCUGAACGAUUGGUUGAAUCUGAGUCUGAAAAGCAAUCAUUACGAGCUCAAGUAGAGUUCCUGACUGCUCAAAUGGGUGCUCAAAUGGGUACUCGACCAAUGGCAUCAACAUCCUUCCAUAAUAGCCGUAGUGGAUCUCCAGCAGUCACCUCGCUAUUCAGCAACCUUCUCUUCCCAUCUACAUCUCAACAACCACAAGUCACGACUAGCACCACAUAUUCCACUAGCACUAGCACCGUAUCAUUAUCUGACCUUCUGGGCUUCACAUCCGCUGACUCCUUGGCUACCUCGCUGGCUUCUCAGCUAAAGCAAACGACGACUACACGAACAACCACCACAGUUACUACAACGGCUCCAUCAGCUCAAAAGGAUUGGAUGUCAUAUGCAUGGUCCUACCUCUUUGACUCCAAGAAACCACGACAAUUAACUGCUCCAACACCCGUCGAGCAUGUCGAACAGGAUAUCGUACCAGCUGGUUUAUAUAGUGCUAAGCUCAACAGCAAUAGCGGUGGUACUGAGAAUUUGGCACCGGCAGCAGCAUCGAAGAGUGCCAAACCCAUGGUAUUACCUCAAUCUAUGAUGGGUGCAUUGAAGCAAAGGCCUUUGAUGGGUGUUAAGACGUUCAACCGUCAAUAA